AUGGCCCCAACCCAGGAACUCCGCGUGCGUCUCAAGCUCUCCCGCCAGCAAACUCGAGUCGAACAUCGAGUCUACGUCUUUCCCCGACUCCGAGUACCAGGACGAUCGACGAUUUCACGUUUGUCAAGCCCAGUAUUCCGCUUCGGUAGUACGAUGCAAGCUGCGCAAACAAACGAGCAUCAAGCUCAAGAUGAAGCUCAUUCGCGAGCAGUAGGCGAGCCAACUGUUCACGGGUACGAGACAACGAGCUUCGUCAACCCUCAUCCUCCCACUUCUAUGCCAGAGCCUGUCGGUGCUGGGCGUUAUCAGGCGCCGACUCCGCUAUCUAUGCCCCAAGACGCGUCCGAUCUUCGAUCUCUUCCUCGGCCAAAACGCAAACGGGUUAACACCUGCGGCGGAGCGGCCAGGUUUGAUCUUCCGUGUCUUGUUACCUCGAUGGUCGCAAGCGGUCUUUGCGCUGUCGCCGUCUACGUUCUCUUUGCGUCGACUCAGCAAUGUUUGCCGACUUUUGGCAACGAGGUGAAGUCGAUCGCCCCCUUAAAUCAGGUUACUCGUCGUCGUCGAUCGCUCUCGAACGAGGACUGCUUCUGCUCCUGCACCUUCGAUCCGCGCGAUAAGGGCUGGUCCAUCUCGUUGGAAACGCCCAACAACCGCCCAACAUGCGACGUUGAGAGUUACACCGUCUCCGUCAACGGCAAGAAGGUGACCAAUGCAGCUGAUCUUGAGUUGGACCUUGCUCGCGAUUUGCUCGAUCUUCUCACUGCGGUCCUUCUCAACGACAACGACAACGAGGGUUCCAAAGGCGGCGACAGUGAAGGCGGCAGUGCCACCACUUCGACCAAGAUGACUACUUCUACGCCGCCGGAGACAGGAACGCGACCGCCAACUACUCUUUUCUCCGACGUCGACGGAAACAACGAGGUCCCUGACUUGUUCGUCAACCCUGAAGUGACCAUCAUCGAGCCGUUCGGAGAGAUGGACAUUGGAAGUGGCGAGGACAUCUGGGGCUCCGUUCCGGAAGUGGAGUACACUCUUCCCAUCGACUUCGACGGCGAAAUCUAA